AUGGCGCGGAGACAGUUAGUGAAGGAGACAACGGAGGUGGAAAACGCAAAGCGUCUUCAUGAUAAGAAAGAAGAUCCUGAAGGCUUCGAGAUUCGUCAACUACCAGUAAAAGGUAUACCUAAGAAUUACGGUCGAUUCAUUUUAAACUUACGCACGUGGAAGCGAAUCAAAUUGAGACAAGAGCGCGUAGUAAUUGUAUUGACUUGAAGUUCUGUGUUAGUAUUGACAUAUUACUGCAAUGUGGCGUAACACAAACCAUUGGCGAUAACAUUUUUCUGUCUUUGGCGUACUUAGAAGUAUCGUUUAUACUGAAUGCAAUCUUCAUUACAAGGCUCGUAAGGCCCAUACACACCUACACUGUUUGCGCGUUUAAAUUUGUUUGUAAGAUUCAUCUUUGAAGAAUCCUUUCCAUAUAGUUUUUGACUUAUUCACAAAUUGCAGUCGCAUUACGCUGUGGGCAAUUUUAAAAUUUCCCACCAGGUUAUAAAACCCACUUACUACAUUUUGGCGACAUGUUUAAUCCUCGAUGAAAACAGCAAGCACGACACAUUUGUUUCGCGUACCACAGGAAAACUGUAUCCUAUUGUAAAACAUUCCAAGCAAAUUACAAUUUUUUAACUGCACCGAUUAAAUCCAGCUAACAAACAAAAUGGAGUUGAUUAAAUAUGUCUAUUUUAUUCUAUGUAAAUUUCCUAUGAACCUAAUAUAGAAUACUCUAAACUAGAAGUUCAAUUCAGUAUCCUCAACUUGUAUCAUAUAUUAUAUUGAGGGCACUUCAUCUUAACAUGUACCCAAAGGUUAUGCCGGAGCCCUGGUCCCUAGAUCACUGACUAUAUUCAAGAACUUGUAAUCAUUCUUUGGCAAUUGGACUCUGUAAUUGGUCAGCAGUCAGAGCACUGCACCAAUAUUGUGGGCUCCCAGAUUUGAUUACUGUUGGAGGAUAUUGAGGUUGAACAAACAAGUCGGUUUCCUUUUGCAUACAUUUAUAAGACCAAGCCAGGAGCAGUUGCAAAUAAUGCAACUACGGUAUAACCCUCUGGCUGGAUUCAAUCUGCGGCCCUGCAAUUCACAUGCAGCAUUCUACCCAACUGAGCUACAGAGGCCAGUUGUGGAACUCUAAGCACAAGUUCAUGUAAAUUUACUUAGGUGAUGCCAUUGCAGAGAGAGAGCCUGUACCGGGUUCCCAAAUCCAGACCAAUUUUCACUUCAAAUCCCGUUAUCCCGCCAUUCCUCAUCCCAAUUUCCUGCCCCUGCCUUUUUCUCAUACUGUUCAAAACGGUUAUGAUUUAGAAGUCAACAACAAAUAACCAGGUAUUCGAAUAACGUGAUAACGACAUAGAAUACAAUUUGAAUACACUAGAAUACAAUAUAACAGAGUGUAAAAUUACUAAAUGCCUCUAAAUCGCGACUCUUAUGAAAGCCGCAAUGAUACAUGUAAAUGGGGGGUUGGUGAGGAACAAAUGUUCAAUAUCAUCCUCGAACCGUAAAUUGAGCACGCAAACAUAAUUUCCACGUCGACGUUUCUUGCUUUUCUUGCUAAUAGGCACAUUAAUGAUCGAAUAACAGAGAAUCAAGUGGGAUAGGUGAAGCAAGAUCAUUGAAUUGCAGUUAAUUUUUAAAACAAAUGACAGGCAGAAUAACCUAAAAUACAGCUGCAAGUUUUGUUGAUUUAUCCCGUUUCCCGCUAAACAUGGAUUACUUUCCCGCAUCUCGCCAUGUUUUUCUUAUCAAUCAUGCUUCCCGCAAUGAUAUAAAAUCCCACUUCCCAACCAAUAUCUCUCUUAAAAUCUCGAAUCCCACUUGAACAACACCGGUACAAGCCCCUCAUUGCAAGGUGUAUAUUAACUAUAAAUAUCAAGGUUAAUGCCAUCAGACAAUUACGGUGCAAAAUAGGGAUCAGAUCUUCCCAAGUCUGAUCUUUCAAUUAAUUGAUAUGCUUGUGGGCAGUGGCAGAUUACCCAAUAGGCUGAGUAGGCUGAAGCAUACACGCCCAGGCUUCCAUGAUGAGGCCCAUGAUUUUCAGAAAAUUCACGGUUGAUUAGAAUUAUUUUUUGUCUCUAAAAAUUUUUUGUCCCUAAGAUUUACAGGCACCAUAACUGGUAUAAAUCUGCCACUGCUUGUGGGAUGUUAGUACCAUUAAAUCUACAAAUGGAAUCUUAAAUUAAAUAACUCUUUUAAUUUAGGAAGAGCAGUUUUCACCACUAAACCCUUUGUGAAAGGGCAGUUCCUGCUCGAGUAUAGUGGGGAACUGAUCACUGGCGAAGUGGCAAAGGUCCGAGAAGAGAGUGACGAGAAUCAAUUAAUUUGCAGAUAUUUCUUCAAGUUUGAAGGAAAAACUUUAUAGUAAGCAUUAAAAUGACAAUUAACUAUUAAACAGUACCUAUACUAACCAAAAUCUGAUGAAUAGGUAGAAUCUGACUUUGAUGAUAAAUUUGAUCAUGUCUCGUCUCUUGUAAUCAGCUGUUAAUACAUACUCGUACCACACAAAUGGCUAGCUUGU